AUGGAGACCCUCUGGAUAUUACCGCUGAUGCUCAUCCCGGUGCUCCUAUUCACUAGCAGCACCUUUGUAUUUUAUUUCAAGAAAUGCUUCUACGUGGCCUGGAUGAUGAUUCUGGCGAUGAUCGCCAUCCCGAUCUGCAUACUGAAGAGCGGCGGCAGGGACGUGGAGAACAUGCGAAUUAUCCGCUUCCUGGUUUGGCAUGUAAAAUACCUCCUGGGUCUACGUUUCGAUGUGAGUGGCUUGCAGAAUCUGCCGACGGAGGGCCCGUACGUGAUCAUCUCCAAUCACCAGAGCUCCCUGGAUGUCUUGGGCUUGAUGGAGAUCCUCCCAGACCGCUGCACCUCGAUCGCCAAGAAAGAGCUUGUGUACGCUGGCACUGUGGGCAUCGUGUGUUGGCUCGGGGGCAUCAUUUUCAUCAACCGCAAGAAGACUGAUACCGCCAAGAGCAUUAUGGCCGGUGCCGCCCGAACCAUGCUGGACAAGCAGAUCCGGCUGUGGGUCUUCCCCGAAGGAACACGGAACCAGAAGGGUGACCUGCUGCCCUUCAAGAAGGGCGCGUUCCACCUGGCAGUGCAGGGGCAGGUUCCCAUCAUCCCAGUUGUCUUCUCCUCCUACAGUAACUUCUACUUGCGCAAAGAAAAGCAGUUUCGAUCUGGAACGAUAAACCUGAAGAUCCUCCCAAAGAUCGAGACCAAGGGCAUGACCACGGAUGACAUUUCCGCUCUUUCGGACAAAUCCUACAAGAUCAUGCGCUCCGCGUUCAUGGAGAUCUCCGACAAGGCUGCUCACAGCAACGGAGCCUCUAGCCAUUAGGCGGGCCCUGGCUGGCGGCCGGCCCCACCUGCCCGCCCAUCCACAUGAUCCACAUGGUGACGGUGGUAGCAGCUUUACACAGCAUGCUUGUUUCAUUGGUCUUUAAGCUGUGGGCGUGGCGGGUUGGGGGAAGGCCAGCAUGCUCCCUUACAGGUUUCUCUGGUGGCUUCGGGCCACCUCUAGAGAACAUUAGAUGGGGAGGAGGAGUUGGAGCCUGUCUCAGGCUUUUGGGUGGAGUGUCAGUUAAACGCCUGACCUCAGCCUCUACUAACGCAACUGGUUAGUACUUUUGACACACGGUGUGGGUUUCAGCUGCUCAUUCCCAGCUGGGCCUGGGUGAGUCCCGUGGACUUUGUACUGUAGUCCUGAUGGCAGAGCCUGUUAUAGAAGCACAUUCAUCGUGCCCGCCUUCCGAUGGCUUGCUGUUUGGUGAUUUUUUUUUUUUUUGCCUUCUCUCUCCUAUUUGUAACUUUCUCUUACUCCAAAUCCCCUUUGUCUGGUUUGAUGUUUAUGUAUAAGUGUGUAUUCGUCAAGUGGAAAUUUGUGGGUUUUUUUUUUUUUUGCCUUUCUGUUCAGUUACCUAUUUUACCCCUUCAUUUUAUCCUCCUCUCUUGUCUUCCCAACUUCCAUUCCCAGUUGCCUAACAGCUCACACAAUGAUUAUUGUUAUGUAAAAGGGUUAUAAUUUUAUUCCAGUGUUGUGGUACGUCUUUUCACCCCCCGUCCGCCAUUCUGACGUGCUUCCCUACUCUACGUCACUCGCUUGUAUAAUCAAAGGCGUGUAUCCCACCCUGUGUAACUCGGCGUGCUCUCCUAAUAAGUCUGUGCCCUGGAGAGUUGUGUAAAACUCAGUCACGCUACAAAUAUUCACAGCAUCCAAUGUAUAUGUUAUUCUAAGGUGUAAGACCAUUGUCCAGGUUUUUAAUGUCCAGGACAUUCCAUCAGGAAAACAGAAAGAGUUUUGCUAGAUUUGCAUAAAUAAACUGAUCUUUUCACAGUCAGGAAUUUCCCUAUGGCAAGGGGGGGGGAAAAAUUUGCCAAAAAAUCAUAUAGAAAAUCCUCAGUAUUAGGUUGGGGGUUCUUAGCGGUGCACAGGACUGGUGUCCGUUCUGUUUCCUGCAUGCAUGGUCAGCAGUGUGGCAUGCGCACAAUGAUGAUGUCACAGAGAAACAAUGAUGAUGUCACAGAGAAACAAUGCAAGUGACACUUUACAAGCUCCACACACAGUCUGGAUUCCUGGCUGCUAUAUGAGGGCUUCACAUCGUACGCUGAGAAACCAGUGAAAUUAUUACCAGUGACUGAGAAACCAGCACUGCUCACUGAGGCAUGUUAACGAUUCUUUAGUACUUAUGACUCUUAAUCUUAUCACACUUUGAAAAAAUGUGUUGAAACCUGCGUAAGAAAUUAUUACUCUAUGUAUAGAUAAGCACAAUAGUCACCUAGAAAUGGUUAUGUGAAGCACUACUGUUCAUUUAAGGACAUUUGUUUAUCCUGCAAGAGAGAACAAAUAUAUAUAAAGCUCAUCAGCGUAUAUGUGAUGUCCUUAUAAGCAGGGAUGCUUUCAGCUCCAGUCUUCUAGCCUGAAACUGCAUUAAUAUGAGAGACAUGGUGACAUCUGGCAGUUUGAAUAUACAGUGUAAAGAUUCUUUUUUUUUCUCCUUCGUUAAAGCUUUGCAAAUGAACUUGACAGCUACUAACCCGUUUACAGUGGAAGUUACUAGGGGUUGUGUGUUGUGCUACUGACAGAACCCUGCUGGAUAAUCCUCAAAUUACACUUGGCUUGAAUCCAUUCUGUUGCCUGUUCUGUGGUGAUAUAUUGAUUUAUGUAUUAGUGUUAAAUUGUCUUUUAGAUAUAAAGAGGUAAAAAUAAUUUGUACAGGUGUCAUAUUUAAUUAAAAGUCAAUAUGUAUUUUUUUUUUGUUUAA